AUGUAUUGAAUAUGAUGCUGAAUACUUUUUUAAUGGAUCUGAAGUUAAUCAUCUUGUUGUUAAAUCACUUCAAGUUGACAGUCAAGCCUUUGAUCCUUUGUUUUUUGCUGAAAAACUAAGGACUUAUAUUGCACCAGAUACAAGAAUAAGAGAUGAUACAAUUGACGAAAAUGAACUUAAAAUUGAAGACUUUGUUGAUCUUGGAAAGAAAUGUGCUUAUUUAACCAACUCUGCGCCAAUACUCAAUUAUUUAUAUGGAUCAUUUGACCCAGGUGAAGUUAUUAUACCAACUAAACAAAGACGAGUUGGUAUCCGUAAUAUACUUGCAGAUCCCAAAGAAGAGGCUAAAAAACCUAAUUCAAAGGAAGGUAUUGAUGAAAGUGAUGAUCUUAAAAAUGGUAAAGAAGUUGAACGAGUUUAUAAGGAACUGUAUGAUAUGUACAAAAAAGAAAAAGCUCCGAUUCAAUAUUUCAAAUCGAUUGUUAAACCUGAAUCAUUUUGUGAUACUGUGGAGAGUAUAUUUUAUUCUGCUUUUUUAAUCAAAGAAGGAGUACUUGCUGCUAAAGAAUCAAAAAUUUCUGAUGACCAAUAUGCUGCCUUUAUUGAACCACAAGAUCCAGAAGAAAUUGCAAAAUGUCAAGAAAAAAAGAGAAAGAGUAAACGUAGAAAUAAUAAUGAACAUAGUGAUUCAGAAGAAAAUUCAGAAGAUGAAGAUGCAGAUGAAGGUGAAGAAGACGAAGAAUCAUCAUCUAGUCAUCAAAGUAUUUUAUCUUUCUGCAUGAAUGAUUGGAAAGCUUGGACUAUCAAUUGA